CCAUUGAUUACAUCGGAUAAAAAGCAUUACUUAAUACGUUUGCCUUCAAAUGCGGACAAAACUAAUAAAUUAAGACAAAUCUCUGGGAUAUCAAUAGCGUCUGAAAUCCAAAAGUUUAUAACCGAUGAGAACAACGACGUGACACAAGUGCUGGCCUAUAGUCGGCUCAACGACACCGUCUUCUACGAGGCGACACAUGCGAGCGCUCGGCCGCAGAAACACAUAUUCAGGAAAUCAAGAAUAUUUGCGGCCGAAGCCGAACCUGCAGUCUGCCUGACCUGCAAUCAAAUGGACCGCAACUGCACCUAUCAAACGGCUAUAUUCAGUCCCAACGCACAACACUUUAUGCUAAUAUGUCUGGGAAUGGUAUUAAAGUUGGGUUCAGAGAAGAAACUCCAGAAUUUGCUUCAAUUCCGCGCUUUUCCGCAGUUUAGGACAUUUCAGGUGCCGAUAGGAGACUAUAGUAAGUGU